AUUCUUUUCAGCUGUCUGUGAUAAUAUGAAAUCAAGUGAAAAAUAACCGGAUACUUCGGAAUAAAGAGAUGGCUUUCAGAAACCUUCCAAAUCGCAAUGAUGUACUUCAGUGGUCCCCGAAUCAUUUGGCUGACUAUUUCAGAAUGCUGGACUGGAAAGACUGUGAAAAAGUCGUUAAAAAGAACAGUAUUAGUGGGCAGAGAUUUCUGAACAUGUCUGAAAAUGACAUUCAAAGGUUCCCCAUACUACGGGUGCCGCAGAUUCAUCAGCUGUGCCAGGAGAUCAACAAAAGGGAGGAAAAAAGGAGCUUCUUCCAGAAGAGGCAUCAGAAUCAAAUAAUGCAGGAAUCUACAGAUUACAGACCUGAUGAGGACAUUGGAUGGGAUUCAGACGAAUUUACGGAGGAUGAUGAUGACUAUGAGGACCCAGACCAAGAGCAAGAGUCUGAGGAUGAUGAUGGAGAUUAUGAAUCACCAAAUGAAGAUGGUGAAGGACACAACAGUGACAAUGACUAUGAACCACCUCCUUCAAAUGAUGAAGAAGCUCAUCAGAUCAAGAUAUGUGCAGCAAAACCAAUUUCCAAUGACUCGGACUAUGCAGAUAAACGAUCAACGUUAAAAUCAGCUAACCACCCGCCCAUCCCCCCUCAGCGUCCUGGGUCAGUGCCAAUUGUACCAGCUGGAAACAAGGGCAAUAUUUCAAACAUGUUCUCCAAUCUAUCAGUCAAUGAGGACCCAGGUCACAGCAAAGAUCGAGGUUUCUCAUCGCCUGGUUACAGAGCUCCCAUGGUCGACAGGAGUAGGAAACCUGCUUUAGACCAGUCAGCCUCCACACACAGUGAAAGAGAUUCCCCUUCAAUGGUGAAGAAACCUCCAUUCCUGGAUAAGCCUGCCAUACCCGGACCGCCCAGACCUCAUUUUGGCAACAGAUCCGAUCCAUCCGCUAGGAUGCCAAAACCAGCCAUGCCAGUGGACAGAAGUAAUUCAUCACUGGGACGGAGGCAAACUUCUCCAAGACCAGGUAUACCGGACAGAAGGCUAGAUGAAGAGGAAGAUAAUUUUGCUCAGAGACCUUUACCUCGACCAGUUGACUCUGCUUUGAAUGCCAACACAUUCCCAUACAGAACUCCCCGACCAGGACCAAAGCCCAGUUUCUCUGGAGGCAAUCAGCUGGCACUUAUCAAUCCAGAAAGUCUUACACCAAGCGGAUCCUUGCCGCCACGUUUUCAACAAGAGACCAUGCAGUCUUUCUCAAGAGGUCCCAGUGAUUCCAGACCCCCACUGCCUUUACCAGUUAAUAAAGGACGACCAAUACCACCAUCACCACAAGAACAGGGUCUGUCCAGGGAAUGGUAUGUGGGUGAUAUUGGUCGAUCGGAAGCUGAAUUGGCUCUUCGCAACAUUAAUGAGGACGGUACUUUCUUAGUGAGAGACAGCUCAAGGAGAAGCAUUCAGCAACCUUACGUCCUAAUGGUGCUGUACGGAUAUAAAGUAUACAAUAUUCAGAUCCGUUAUCAGGAGGAGACCGAUGUGUACUUGUUGGGAACAGGACUGAGAGGAAAGGAAAACUUCGGGUCAGUGACAGAGAUUAUUGAGUAUCACAAACAGGCACCGCUUCUGCUGAUUGACGGAAAAGAUCGGAGCGGAGUGCACCGGAAUCAGUGUGUGCUGACAUAUCCAGCAGGACAAUAAAAACACUGCGACUCACUGAAUUACAGGCACUUGGAGUGCAGCCUGUGGGAAACUGUCAGAUCCUUCACUGGGAAAGAAAAAUAUGUGUUGUCUCACAUUUGGAUUCACCCCCCCCCCCACAACCCUGUGUUCUCUGUAUACUGUAAUAUGGGCAAAAUGUUGCAUAACUUUUCUUAUUACUUUUCCAGCAGCUGUGUGGCACAAUAUUAAUGGGGCAGUAGCCACUCCUUACAAGGAGCUAUUGCCCCCAAACAAACUGUCUGCCCCUGAUACACCAUCCCAUCUGUCACGCCAUCCUCCCGACCCCUCCCGACACACCGUCCCCCCAGCACGCCGUCUCCCCGUCACACCGUCUCCUCGACACGCUGUCCCUCCUGUCACACUAUCUCCCCGACACGCCGUCCCCCCCGACACGCCGUCCCCCCCGACACGCC